ACAGGCAUCCACCACAGCCCCGCUACACCAACAUGCCACCUCCUCAGUAGCUGUGACUCGACUCGAGACGACCAUGCUGCUGUCUCCUAAAGCAGAGAGAAACUGGGAGAGUCUUUGUUCAGUGCUUGAAGACGUCCUGGAGGACCAGUCCCACCGGCAGCUGUUUGCCUUGGAGCUCGGCUCUGGAACCGGACAGCACGUCACACGGUUUGCCCAGAAGAUCCCUUUUGUUACUUGGCAGCCGUCAGAUAUCAAAGAGGAAUACCAGGACAGUAUAAAGGCGUAUAUCGAUGCAACCCAAGCAAAAACUGUGCUGCAGCCCAUCUUCUUGGACGCCAGUGAACCUUGGGAGAAAUGGGCCAACCUUUCUUGCGGCUCCUGUGAUGUUAUAAUUGCCAUUAAUGUAUUACAGUACAGCUCCUUCAAAACUGCACAGGGUGUUUUCAGUGGAGCAGGUCAGCUCCUUAAACAAAAUGGCGUUUUGGUAACACACGGGUUGUUCGCGGUUAAUGGCAUCAUUACACCAAGCUGUAAUGAACAUCUGGAUGAAGAGCUUCGAAAACUGAAUCCAGAGUGGGGUCUUCCGGAUAUUGACGUGCUCAGACAGCAGGCCUACGGGAACGGCCUGCGUUUGGAAAGGAUGGUUGAGAUGGAAGAUUAUUACAAAUGCCUCAUCUUCAGGAAACUGUAAAGGUUUUAAAAGAACAAAAUGCAUUACUCAUUUAAGACCGCCGCUGAUGUACCUUUAUGUAAACAGCGGGACACGUCACUGGAUCCAUUACGCAAGAAAAACAUUGAAAUAAGUAUUCUGUAAAGCUGUGGGAGAAGUACAAGUCCUCAAAAUGUUGGCAUGACCAAUUUGUAAACUGAACUGUGAUGUAAAAUUAAAAAUAGGUGUAAAAUGAUGAGGAAAUUUGACUUUGAUUCGUGUACAGAUGUGGGCAGAAAAAGAGCAAAGACUUCAGUGC